UCUGUAGAUAUGGCAAUAAUAUCGCUAUUGUCAAAUCAUCUGUCCAGGAUAAUUGUGCAGUGGAAAUCUGACAUUGUGACAGCACUUGUCCAAAACAACAGUGAACCUCAUUGGUAGCCGUAUUAUUUUAAUGUAAUGGUUCUGAAUAAAAACUGGUUUUCCAUUCUCAAACCUACUUUUGGGAGUAGACUAGGCUAUCAAAUGUUAGUUGUCUCAUUUGUCUUUCUCAGACCUGCUUUUCAUACCUGCCUGCUUUUUCUCUUCUGCUCCCUCUAAACACUGAGGCUCUUUGUGUCACCAUUCUAAGUUGGAAUACUCCUCUUUAUCCAGCCCAGCAUUCCUUACAUAUCUGUGUAUCCUCUAGUCCGGAGAAGACUGAUCUAAUGGAAACAGGAGGCAGGCUCGGGGACCAGUUCUACAGGGAGGCCAUUGAGCACUGUCGCAGCUACAAUGCCCGCUUGUGUGCGGAGCGCAGCGUACGCAUGCCCUUCCUGGACUCUCAGACGGGCGUAGCUCAAAACAACUGCUACAUCUGGAUGGAGAAGCGGCACCGGGGGCCAGGGUUGGCAGCAGGUCAGAUGUACACCUACCCAGCACGUUGCUGGAGAAAGAAGAGGCGACUUCACCCACCACUUGACCCCCAGCUUCGCCUUUGUGAACUCCGACUCGAGGCAGAGCUGAUGGCCAAGAGAGAAGCCCCGGCGACGGAGGCCACGGCCCUGGAAGCACUGUUACGAGGUGAUGGGAUCUUGGACAAGAGGAACAAUAACUCCAAAGAGGAAGAGACACUACUGGAAAUCCAGAGGGUGCUUGAGGCAGAUGAAAAUGGUGAUGGUUUCCAUGACGAUGAAGAUUUUGAAGUGGACACACCGAAGAGGAAGCAUCGAAACAAAGGCAGGGGUCGAGGCUCUGCACGCAGGCGAACAGAGGCAGUGGCCAACGACGAUCAGGAUAAACCCUACGUGUGUGACAACAGAUACAAACAAAAGCAUAACUCAAAAACUGCUGACUCAGUUUGUGGGAAACGUUACAAAAACCGUCCUGGACUAAGUUACCAUUACACCCAUACUCACCUUGCUGAAGAGGAGGGUGAGGAAGAACGUGAAACUGAAAUCCCCCAAUCUCCUCCUAUCCGCCAUGAGAACCAUAAACCACAGAAAGGGCCUGAUGGCACGAUCAUCCCUAAUGACUACUGUGACUUCUGUCUGGGAGACUCAGGCUCUAAUAGGAAGACAGGCCAGUCUGAGGAGCUGGUUUCCUGUUCAGACUGCGGCCGUUCUGGCCAUCCUUCAUGUCUGCAGUUCACAGACAACAUGAUGCAGGCCGUUGGAACGUACCAGUGGCAGUGCAUCGAGUGUAAAUCCUGCAGUCUGUGUGGCACCUCAGAGAACGAUGAUCAGCUUCUGUUCUGUGAUGACUGUGAUCGGGGAUACCACAUGUACUGCCUUAAGCCUCCCAUGACACAGCCACCCGAGGGAAGUUGGAGUUGUCAUCUGUGUCUCGGUCUGCUGAAAGAUAAGGCAUCUGGUUUGGGAGAGCCCUAGGCUUUGAGGAGGUUCUGCACAGUCACACACAGACACGCACAGUUGACUCAGGAUAGACGUUUGUCUUGGUUUUGCUCUGUAGAUCUCCUCCUGUAGUAGUGUGAAGUUGAGUCUUCCUCUACCUCCAUGUUACAAACAUUUUCCUCAAGCAAGUCUAGGCAGUCGGUAGUCUACCUCGCAUCCUGCUCACUAGCAAACCCAAAGGCAGGUUUGAGUCCAGAUUGUCAGAUUACCUAGAAACAUGAGUCUAAUUAUAUAUUACAAAAAGUACUUAGUUAAAUAGCAACACCAGCACAAUAACUGUAAUAUUACACUUAAAUGAAGUGAUAAUCAUAUACACACAGAAGCUUUUGAGCUGUGAUUCUAAGCUAUUAUUUCUUUGAAAUUAUGAUGGACAAAGCCAGUUCUAACAAAUAACAAAACAGUAUACGCUAUUUGCCGUUUAUACUGUAAGUCUUUAAUAAAAAAGCAACAUAAACUUAUUUGGAGACACACACCAGUUGUAUGAAGCAAAACCAUUUUCAUUUUAGUUCAUGUUUUCAAUGUGUCUGUGAUGUCUGUAAGAUCAUAUGAUUUCUUGCAAGAUAUUUUUGGCUCAGAACCUGUUUGAUGUAUAGAGGAUGAAUGUGAUUAGAAGCUCAUCUUUCUUACUGGGAUCCUCAUUCAGGUAGACAUUUAGAGCUUAGUAUCUGAAAGCAAUCUUUAAACUAAAUGGCAAAAAAAUACCUUUUCCAUGUAUUGAAGCAGCACUUAGCUUUGACUUCAGGACUGGAAAAUAAUGCUGUCGAGUGUUUUUUAUUUGUAAUUUUAUAUAUAUAAUUAAGCAGACAAUCGUUUGGUUGGUAAAUUACAUGAUAGCCAUCAAAUUCAAAUACACUUAUAAUGCUUUUCUUGUUUUACUUUUUCCAGCCUGCUUUUACAAGACUGUUUAAUAUUUCAUUACAUUUUGUGGGACAAACUGUAUCUUUGCUGCUGGAACAUUCCAGUUUUGUGUGUUGCCCUUCAUACCUCUCUGAGUGAAACAUCUGUUCACUCCAUUUUGUAUUUCUUUGCUCGUGAUAUAUUAGCAUUACUAUUUCCAUCUGGCCAUUCUCUCAUGUCAUUCCCACCUCCUUCACCUGUAUAAUACAGUAGAGGCUCUAUUUUCAGAGCCACUUCAUCAAUGCUCUCCAGAUCUAGCGAUCUGUUGAAUAUUUUAGCUAUGCAUUUUUAUCUGUUUUAAAUGUCAUUUACAUUACAUUUAUAUUUGUUUUUCGGUUUAAGAAAUGUAUUAAAGGUUGCAAAAUCAAACUACUUUUGAUGAUGUUUAGAUUCUAUUCAUCUAACCAUAGUUAGGCCUUUGGAGCAAAGAAAAAAUGAUGGAAAACAAAAACUGAAAGUUGAUACAUUAUGACUUUUGCACUUAAAAUAGUUAACCCAUUCUAAAUCUAAACCUUAGUUUAUUUUUUUUUUUUUCAUUUUUUGUUCAGACUUUAAACCUGAAAACCUGUUUAUUUAGACUCCUCAUUUGUAAACUGGGUUAACAAUCUUUUUUGGGGGGGAUAUUACUCGAUAUUGACUGGAG